AUGUUCAGAACCUCCCUAAAUCCGAAUCGUUCCCUAGAUGAAGAGGAUUUCAAGGAAGGCGAGAAGAUCGAAACUAUUGGCAAGAAUCGACGACGACGGACGUGGAUAGCGAUCGUCCUUUUGUUCGUCGUAGUGGAUGUCUUCUUCCUCUAUUCAGUGGUUUCCAACAAAGAAAAUUUCAACGGUGGGCAACCCCAAGGAGAUAGAAAAACAAAGCCUUGUGGAUCGACCGUCGAAGAAGCGAAAGCGGCCGGAUGCUCCUUCGACCAUCUAGCCCAUCUAUGGCUACCUAAGUCAUGCUCACGACAAUGGAGCUCAGAAUAUAUGACUUACGAGCAGGGUCAGCCCUUCAAGUCCUAUCUGGACGGGGACGGCCUGCAACCAGUGGAGCUCUCCGAGCAACCGUAUCACACGGGAAUCUUUUCGACGACAAAGGAGCACUUGAUUCAUUGUGCUUAUGCGCUGAUGCGAACGAGUGAAUGGAUGAAACAGGGGGGUCAAUGGGAGAGGAAAGUCCUGUCUCCAGCUCACUUCCAGCAUUGCAUCAAAAUGCUCUUGAAUGCAUCGAUGCUGAGCCCUCAAAUCGAGGCUCUUGAGAGUUUCACGUAUCUGGGAUUUUCUGACAGAUGUUACGACAAUGUCGUUGGAUGA